AUGGCGAUGAAUCUGGAUCUUUCCAACGCGGCGGUGAUGAAGGAUGACCAAGGUCGGCCUUUCAUUGUCGUCAGGGAUCAGGGAAAGAAGAAGCGCCAGUACGGCAACGAGGCCGUCAAGUCACACAUUCUCGCCGCCCGGACGGUCGCAAACAUUGUCAAGUCCUCCCUAGGCCCCCGCGGCCUCGACAAGAUCCUCAUCUCCCCCGACGGCGAUAUCACGAUAACGAACGAUGGAGCGACCAUCCUGCAGCAGAUGGAGAUCUCGAACCAUGUCGCCAAACUCCUGGUAGAGCUGUCAAAGUCGCAAGAUGACGAGAUCGGUGACGGAACCACUGGUGUCGUCGUUCUGGCUGGCGCUCUCCUGGAGCAAGCUGCUGAGCUGAUCGACAAGGGAAUUCAUCCCAUCCGAAUUGCCGAUGGUUACGACCAGGCAUGCGACAUCGCUGUUGCCGAGCUCGACCGGAUCUCGGAUGUCAUCGAGUUCAGCAGGACAGAUACCAAAAACCUGAUGAAGGUUGCGCGCACCAGUCUAGGAAGCAAGAUCGUUUCCAAGGCUCACGACCAGUUUGCCAAGAUCGCCGUCGAUGCUGUUCUGUCCGUAGCGGAUCUGCAGCGCAAGGAUGUCGACUUUGAGCUCAUCAAGGUCGAUGGCAAGGUCGGCGGCUCGCUCGAGGAUACCAUUCUCGUGAACGGUGUCAUCAUCGACAAGGACUUCUCACACCCUCAGAUGCCUUCAGAAGUCCGGGACGCCAAGAUCGCCAUCCUGACCUGUGCUUUCGAGCCGCCAAAGCCCAAGACCAAGCACAGACUAGAUAUCACCUCGGUCGAGGAGUUCAAGAAGCUGCAGAACUACGAGAGGGAGAAGUUCAUCGAGAUGAUCGAGCAGAUCAAGGACACCGGCGCGAACCUGGCCAUCUGCCAGUGGGGUUUCGAUGACGAGGCCAACCACCUGCUGCUGCAGAACAAGCUGCCCGCUGUUCGGUGGGUCGGCGGCCCGGAGAUCGAGCUGAUUGCUAUCGCUACCAACGGUAGGAUAGUACCGCGGUUCGAGGACUUGAAGCCAGAGAAGCUGGGUACUGCGGGUAUCGUGCGGGAGAUGACCUUCGGUACGACGAGAGAAAAGAUGCUUGUCAUCGAGGAGUGCGCAAACACCCGGGCAGUGACUGUCUUUGUGCGCGGCAGCAACAAGAUGCUUAUCGACGAGGCCAAGCGCUCGCUCCACGACGCCCUCUGCGUCGUCCGCAACCUGGUGCGCGACAACCGCGUCGUGUACGGCGGCGGUGCCGCCGAGAUUGCCUGCAGCCUCGCCGUCGAGGACGCGGCCGUCAAGUCGCCCGGCCUGGAGCAGUACGCGAUGCGCGCCUUCGCCGAGGCCCUCGACUCGGUGCCCAUGGCGCUGGCCGAGAACAGCGGCCUGAACCCCAUCGCCACCCUCGCCGAGGUCAAGAGCCAGCAGGUCAAGACGCCCGAGGAGAGGGGCAGGCUCGGCGUGGACUGCAUGGGCCGCGGCUCCAACGACAUGAAGGACGCCUUUGUCAUCGACCCCCUCAUCGGCAAGAAGCAGCAGCUCAUGCUGGCCACGCAGCUUUGCAGGAUGGUGCUCAAGGUCAACAACGUUAUUGUGAGCGGCUCAGGGGACGAGGACUUCUAG